AUGGAUCUCGACUGGCACCUGAUGCCAAUUUCUGAGGAGGAAGCCACAUUGCCACAGCCUCCCCUUCCGCAUCUGAAUCCCAUCGCAGAUACACGUCCGCGAAAGAAGAAAGCGCGAACUCUCCGCGAGACCGACUGGGAGCCAUAUAAAGACAGGAUCAUACAACUUCAUCUUGUCGAGAAGAGGUCGCUCCCGGAAGUCAAGAUCUUGAUAGAACAAGAGUUCGGUUUCACUGCUGAGAUACGCCAAUACAGAUCUCGUCUGAGUCAAUGGAAGCUGGAUAAGAACAUCAAACCGGACGAGAUGAAGGCUAUCGUCAGACGUCGCCAACAGCGAAGCCUCGUCGAGACGGACAAAAACGACCUCAAAUUUCGCGUGAGAGGCCAAGAAGUUGAACCUCACAAGAUUGAGAGAUGGAUGAAGAGACACGAUGUCGUGGAUAGUACGCUGUAUGCUCCCAGCCCUGACGCCAGUGAGUAG